AACAAAAACAAAAAAAAAGAAAACGCGUCCGCGCAGGGAUCCGUCGCUCAGUUUUUUGUUGAUCCAUCGCUUAAUUCUUGACGCUUCGGGGAGGCCCCCUUGGGGCCGUCUCUGGUCGAAAAAAAUAAUACCCUGCCUCCGGCGGGCGCCGCGCCCCCCCCCUGCCCCUCCUCUCGUCCUUGCCCCCCUCUCCGGUUCGGAAGCGCGACCGGGACUCGGUCAGGAAGCUGAUCGUCGAGGGCCCCGCGGACCGAUUGCGGGACGGGCUCAGGCUGUCGCUCGAGAUCAUCGAGCGGACGGCCGCUGCAGAGGCCCUCGAUGAGCUCGUGAAGGCCGAUCAGUACGACGAGUGGGCGUCGUGGAUGGAGUACGCUUCCUCGCUCGCGGACACGCGAUGGGAGCGCAUGGAGCAGCCGCCCGCCGAGGCCGGGGCCGAGCCGGAGGUCGACGAGGCGUGGUUUCGCGCGCGCCUUGGCGCCGGCGUCGCGGAGGUCCCGUUGGGUGCCAGCGCCGGCGGCGCAUCUGACCCGCGGGGCGCGCCUCGAGCGCUCGAUUUCGGGACGCAGCUCGCGCGCUGGGUCCAGGGCGCUGGCCCACAGCCAGUCGUAGACGUGGCCGCGCCGCUCCACUUACCGUGCCGCUCGCGGCCAGCCGGCGAACCGCCGGCCCGCUCGCCCCCUGACCGCCAGGGAGAGGGACGAGUUUCGCUCGCACGUUGCCACUGCGCACCGCGCGUGCACUUGUCUGCUGGGAAAUAUGGCAAUCCUCCUCGUCCUACCGACGGGGCCACGACGCGCGUGGCGAGCGAGGGGCGCGCAGUUUCACCCGUUUUUCCUUCCUCCUCCCCCGCCUCCUCCUGAAUUCCUGUGGUCCCGACUUGGGGGCUUUUUGUCGGUAGACUCCAGCGGGUCAGCAGGGCGCGCGUUCUCCGAGGAUGCGUAUAGUCGCCGGGGUUCCACCCAAUCCGGUGCUUUGUGCGACACGCCGGCGUCCACCCAGUGCCGGUGCUGCCAGGUGUUGAUUGCUUCGGCUGGUUGCCCAUUUGCUAUCGUCUUUUCUCCUCUUUCCCCUUCGCUGCUCCUCCUGCCUCCUUGCUGCGGCCCGAUGUUGGCUCUUUCCUCAUCUGAGUUUCGGGUGACCCUGUAGGGUAAUCCACAGGUGUCGCCGCAGCACUUCUUUAAUUUAAUAGCUGCCGCCUCUCCGCGCUGGACGUUUGAAAAGCUGCGCGCCACGAGUAUCGCAGUCAGCAUGGCGCCGGAAGGAAAUCCGAAGACCCACUUUCAAUAGGCAGAGCAGAGAUCGGCAGGUAUCCGCUGGCGCCACAAAAAAAA